GUGGGGCUUACCCCUACCCCGCCCGAAAGGUUGGAGCCAAGUGGUUUCUUAGGCGACGCGGGAGCCGCAUCUACGCUCGAUUGAGCGGGCCUGGGAAAGGUUCCCAGAGGGCUGUGCGCUGGAGGCUUUGGGAGCUGUCAUGGCGGGCUUGCUGAAGAAGACUACCGGCCUGGUGGGACUGGCGGUGUGCGACACUCCUCACGAGAGGCUAACAAUAUUGUAUACAAAGAUUCUUGAUCUUCUGAAGCACUUUCCUAAACAUGCAGCCUAUAGAAAAUACACCGAGCAGAUCACCAAUGAGAAGCUGGAUAUGGUCAAGGCGGAACCAGAUGUUAAAAAAUUAGAAAACUUGCUUCAGGGUGGUGAAGUAGAAGAGGUGAUUCUUCAGGCUGAAAAAGAAUUAAGUCUGGCAAGAAAAAUGUUGCAGUGGAAGCCAUGGGAGCCAUUGCUGGAAGAACCACCUGCUGACCAGUGGAAGUGGCCAAUAUGAUGACAGUGUCUGAUGAUGGAUGUGAAAUACGUAAUAAAUGUUCUGUGAUGGCUAAAAUGUAUCCAUGUUAUUGACUUUUUAAUUAAAAGAAAUAGUUUAUGUG